CAAGAACAUAAAAAAUGGGUUGCAACAAAACAGGAGAGAGGGGAGAAAAGGCGGAGGAGAGGGGGGGAAGAGAGACAGCAGAAGAUAUCCCUCUUCUCACUCCAUACCAGAUGGGAGGAUUCCUGCUUUCGCACAGGGUAGUUUUGGCACCAUUGACAAGGCAGAGAUCCUAUGGAUAUAUUCCACAACCACAUGCUAUUUUGUACUACUCCCAGAGAACUUCCAAAGGGGCCUUUUUGAUAUCCGAAGGCACUGUGGUAUCAAACACAGGCAUAGGGUAUAAAGAUAUCCCUGGUAUUUGGACUGGAGAGCAGGUGGAAGCAUGGAAACCAAUAGUGAAUGCCGUACAUGAGAAGGGUGGUAUUUUCUUUUUACAGAUUGGGCAUAUGGGAAGGAUCUCAAAUUAUGGUUUCCAGCCUAAUGGACAAGCACCUAUCUCAAGCACUGAUAAGCCACUCACUCCUCAGACUCCAGAAGAUGAUUUCUCCCCUCCUCGACGCUUGAGGACCGAUGAAAUUCCUCUUAUAGUCAAUGAUUUCAGAGUUGCUGCAAGGAAUGCCAUUGAAGCUGGCUUUGAUGGAGUUGAGAUCCAUGCGGCAUUCGGUCAUCUACUCGAGCAGUUCAUGAAAGACGGCAUCAACGACCGAACCGAUGAAUACGGUGGAAGCUUGCAGAACCGCUGCCGCUUCGCCUUGGAAGUAGUUGAGGCAGUGGUAGAUGAAAUUGGAGCCAGUAGAGUUGGCAUGAGAUUAUCUCCCUUUGGAGACUUCAUGGAGAGUGGAGACUCAGACCCUGAGGGUCUUGCACUCUACAUGGCUGAGUCGCUCAACAAGUUUGGCAUUCUCUACUGCCAUGUUAUCGAACCAAACAUGGAAGUUGUGGAUGGAAAGCAGCAAAUACCACAUCUGCAUCUUCCCAUGAGAAAGGCUUUCAAUGGUACGUUCAUCCUUGCCGGGGGAUUCGAUAGAGAAGAAGGUGACAAGGUGAUCAAAGAAGGUUAUGCUGAUCUAGUCGCAUAUGGCCGCUGGUUCAUAGCUAAUCCUGACCUGCCCAGGAGAUUUGAACUCAAUGCUCCUCUUAACAAGUAUGAUAGGUCUGCAUUUUACACAUCAGACCCUGUUGUUGGGUAUGUAGACUACCCAUUCCUUGAAUCCUUGAAGUAGUGUUCAUUUUUCUUAUUUAGUGAAUUGGAUGGAGACCCCAUAGUUUUCCUUUCUAA